CGCUUUGUGCCGUGCAGCUCUUUCGCUUUCCCUUUCCCGUCCCUUUCCCUUUCCUCUUCCCGUCGCUCCCGUCGCGCUCCCAUGGCGGCCAGGCUCGGCUUCGGGGCGCAGGAGGACGAGGGGUGCUUCUGGGAGUACGACUCCACCUGGGAGGAGGAGGAGGAGGAGGAGGAAGGAGAAGAGGAGGAGGAAGAGGAUGGCGGCGGCGAGGGCGAGCUGGAGGCAGCAGCCGAGGAGGAGCCGCAGGAUGAAGGCGAGCAGCCGGCGCUGAGCUGGGCGCAGAGCUGCUGGCAGGCCCAGCUUUCAUGGUGCAUUCUGUUGCUGAAGCUGCUAAUGUUUUCAUUCAAUACUGAGGAGCCAAAAUCGAAUUCAUCACCAUUGUUUCAGAGGAGUUUUCAGUUCUCAGGAAGGCGCAACUGGAAUGCAGCAGAAGACUUGCAGAGAUACAGACAUCAAUACCCGGAUUUGAUGGAAUCAGAAAAUGAGGAGGAAGAAGAGAUGUUGAACUUAAGGUUUUAUAAAAAUAAGACUCGCUUUUUGCCCCAGGGUUUGUUUAUUGAAAAUCUGCUUGAAUCUUGGUGGGACAACUAUGAAGUUCUGGAAGAAAACCAUUCUUACAUACAGUGGCUAUUCCCGUUACGUGAACCUGGGAUGAACUGGUGUGCCAAACCACUCACAUGUCGAGAAAUCCAGGCCUUUAAGAAGUCCAAGGAAGUUAUGCAAAGGUUUAUCCGUGCUUAUCAGCUCAUGCUGGGAUUUUAUGGGAUCGUUCUGAUCAACGAGGAAACUGGAGAACUCAAGAGAGCAGAGAAUUGGGCUGAACGGUUUCAGAACUUGAACCGGUUCGGCCACAACAACUUGCGGAUUACUCGCAUCCUGAAGUGCCUGGGGGAGAUGGGAUAUGAACAUUAUCAAGUGCACUUGGUAAAGUUUUUCCUGACAGAAACUCUUGUUAAGGAGACGUUACCAAAUGUCAAGAGAAGUGCCUUGGAUUACUUCCUGUUCACCAUCCGGAGCAAACAGAAGAGGAGAGAACUGGUUCACUAUGCUUGGCAACACUUCAGACCUCGAGACAGCUUCGUGUGGGGGCCACACCACAAACUCUUGAAGUACAGACCCCGCUCUGCCAAGUCACAACUGCAGCAAAAGACUGAAGAUAAACAGGAAACUCCUGGUAGGAAAUGUGAUGAUUCUGUGGAUCAUCAGAACCAGUCUCCAGAGGAAGAACAGCAGGCUGGAGAUGCUGCAAGCAUGCAGCCUGAAGUGACUGAUAGAGAUGGAAAAGAGGAGAUAAGUGAAUGUCCUUUGAAAGGAGGAGGUGAUGAGGAGGCGAAAGAAGCUUCGUUUACCCAGCAGGAGGAGGAGGAUUUAAGCAGUGAGGCUGAAGAAGUGCAGGGUGCAGCAGAGAAUGAUUGCACAAAGGAAAGCAAGAAGAGAAAACUGGAUGCAAAUAGGGUACAUACUAACAGUGGACCUCUGAAAAGCCCUACUGAUAUUGAAAACAUUUCCCAUAACCUGGGAGAAUGUGCAAUUGAUGCAGAAAUUCCCUCCUCAGCCCCACUCAUAGAAGCAGAAGAGGACAAGGAAACACUGAAAGAAGACAAUGCAAGCACCAAAGACCCAGCAGCAGCAGAGAGCACAGAUGCUGCUGUGAAACGGAGGAAAGUUGAUAAAAGAACAACGAGAAACAGACCAUGCAACUUGGCCAUAAACCUGAACAUGGGGAUCAAGUCAAAUCCAUCAGCUGCAAACACUGAGGUUGAAGAGGACAGUGAGAAAAAUGCAGCUGUGGAAGUGGAGAGCGAGAGGAGUGGUGGUGAUGCAAAUGGUGGGGCUGUGGGACCCCCAGUUGAUUCCAGGCUGCCCAAGUCUGGCUGGACUUCUCCAAUAAGUGAUGGCUCGGAGGCGAGUGGAGACCGAGUCACAGCAAGGAGCGAUGAGCACCACUGCAACAGCACAUUCCUGCAAGGGGAAAGUGAGGUAGAUGGGGUAGAACAGCAUCAAAAGGCAGAAAAUGCGAGUGGCAAAGAGCAAGCAGAAGUCCCAGGCACGAAACAUCCUCCAGAGAGUCUUAAGCAGAGCAUUGCAUCCCCUUGUCCUGAAGGAGACAGUACUGAGGUUGCAACACACAAACGGGAGAGCUCUGAGUGUGCAGCAGAACCUGAUGAGGAGCAGGUAGCACCAAGUGACACCAGCACAAGGAGCACUUGAGCAAGCAAGGAUGGCACUGCCCUAACUGCUAGGAGCCGGCGUGGUGGUUUGGGUAGCAGAAGUAGACAGAAGAAUAAACUUCCUUUGGCUGAUCCAGGCUAGACCCUGUCUGACUUCCACUCUUCAGCUCUUUUAUGAUCAUCUGUAGUGAUUUCACUGAGAUCCAGCCCUUGGCUACCCUAGAGAGGAAAACUGAUUUAGUCAUUCCCGGACAGGCUGUGUCCUUUUCCUGGUUUUUACCUGAUUUUCAGGACUAUCUUGGAGCAACAGGGAUUUUUGCACUUUGAUUUUGGUAUGUCCCCUCUUAAAGAGGCGAGGAGAACGGGUCUGUUCCCUUGUUUGAGCUAGUCAAGUUCUUAUUAAAUACAUGGUGUUCAAUGUAAGGCAGCAUGACCUAACUUGCCAGAACUCUAUUACCGUGUAACUUCUAUUUGUUGUUUUGGAAGGCUGUACCUUCCCAGGGAAUUUAUUCCUAGUAAAGGUGCAGUUCCCCCAAAAGAGAAGAGUAUAUAUAUGCAUUUCACAUCACAUAAGAGUAUUGUUGCCUCUCCUCUGAUAAAGAAAGUGGGUUUGACUUUAGGCUGGGAUAAAAUACAUUGUCAAAACUGCUCUCUGACCAGUAUUAAACCUCGAAGAGAUACUGUUCUCUAGGGUGCAAAGUGCUGAGUAAUGUGUUCCCUUUACCACCGCUGAAGCUGCUUUGUAGUGCUUGUUGGAGUCGAGUAUGAAUUGUCUGCUGCCUUCUGAGAGGAGAACCUUCAGAUUUUGCAUAGAGCUUUCCAUUUAUAUCCAGUGUUGGUUCAAAGCUCUUCCUUCUGCAGUUGCCAAAAUAGAACACAAUAUUUGUCACUGCAUUUUUCAGACUUUGCUGUUAAGUUGCAGUGGUCUGGUGGGGAUUUCUCUCUUCUCUGCAUGAUGUCCAAUGUGUCGGAUUUAACCCAGUUCUAGGAAGGGCAGGAUUGUUUUUACCAUUGGUGGUCAGUGAGGGCAUGUUGGAGUGCAAUGUGUCUGGAAAUCACUGGGCUUUGUGGGGCAGAUAAUUGAAGCUUUAAUUGCAGAGGGAGUGCUCAUCUGCUUCAUUUAUUUACAGCCCUCAAGAAUUAACUCAAACCUUGCCAACUACUUGCCUGCCUUAAUGUUCCUGACCUCUCUGUUAGCUAUUCCACCUGACUUACACAGCGUUCAGCCGAGUCCGAAGGAGCAUUAAACAGUUUAGCACUUCUGCUCCUAGAGGUUUACAACAGGAGACCUGUUUCAUGAAGCAGAGGAAACCAUUCCCAACAGCCAAAAGGUCUGCACUUGUUUGCUCAGAUGGUUCAGUUCUGGGGUUUUUAGGUGCUGUUUGGUUUGUGUAGGAGGUAGCUAAAGGUUUGCCUGCGUUUGCAGGGGGGGAGGAUGCAGUAGCCUGUGCAAUGCUGAUGUUUUCCCUGUCUCUGCUACAGCUCUUAAGAAGCUUUACCUUUGAAGGAGUUUGAUCUGUGAUUUGUCUUCCCAUAUUGGUGGGUACUGAUCCAGCAUGCCAUGUACAAGUCUGCAAGCCUAACAUCUAAUGUUCAGGGCCACACACAUGCUGGAAAAAGGCUUUAAUGUUUUUAAAAGACCACUUUUUCUUAUGAACAGACAGAGUUACAAGGCCAAUGAGAAUACACUGAACUACAGAUAGAGAUACUUGAAGAUGUUGAGUGAAAAAUCGUUCAUAAAAGAUUCAUAACAAAAUUGUUAAUUGUUGCUUUUGUACAGAUUUAUAGUAAUUUUCUUUUUUAAUGAAGUUUUCAUUGUGAAUACGUGCUCAGUUGGGGCAUAGAUCAUCCCUCUUGUUAGGGUGAUGUGUGGUUUGUCUUUGUGUUUAAUGGGAUUUCACUGUGAGCCCUGGUCUGAAGUGCUCAAACCAAAACCAUUCCCGAUCCUGAUCAGGUUUGAUUUUGGCUGUAGGUGUUUGCAGUGAGUUCACAGGAUGUUUCCAGCACUCAGAACUGUAUCACAGAGUCUGUUAUGUUAAUGUCACCUAUUAAAGCAUGACUUUGAUGCGUA